AUGGCCCAGAGGCUGCACGGCAGCUGCAGCUGUGGUCGAUUCCGCUAUAUUGUCGACUUGCCCUCACAGCACGCUGGACAAGCUGAAUUGCGGUACGACAACUCUUCUGCAUCACGCCAACACUCUGCCAGCCCACUCACACUCUGGCUACGCGUGCCACUACCAUGGUACACUUCAGCGACGUUCGCGCAGUUCCCUGACGAAACGCAUUCGAGUAUCCAGCGUACCUUCACAUCGCCAUUCAUGCCGACCACUUCCAACAAGUUUUGUGGAUACUGCGGCACACAACUCUCAUCAUGGAGUGAGCGCACGCGCGACGAAGCUGGGCACAUCCGCCUCCCGGUUGGUAGUCUGCUUGACGAAGACCAGGAGCUGCUGAACACGUUGGGUUUCUUCGGGGACAGCAGCGAUGAGGAGACGAGCGUUGCCGGACCUGCGCAGACAAAUUCUACACGAACGGUUGCGCGAUCUGAUGCUCAGGCACGUGGGGCUCCAUGGUUCGAGGAGAUCGUGCGCCACACAAGCUUCGGUCGUUUCAGACAACAGCGUGGUGGACAUUCGGACAAUGGCGUUCAGGUCGAAUGGGAGGUUACCGAGUGGACAGAGGGCGACGACGAUGGCGAGAGUAGCAGUACCACACCGAGCAAAAGGAAGCAUGACGAUCUUGAGGGUGGAGACGCAGAGAUGCGUUCUGCUUAA